GGGUCUUCCUGUCAGUAGGGUGGAGAAAACGUUUGUGUGACUAGGUGGAGAAACUCACCUCAGAGAUACCCUAAUCAAAUAACUAAAUACUGCAUUGACGGCAGGCUUACAAUGAGAGAUAUACCGCAGAAGUGGAAUAAUUAAGUGGCCGACAUAUUAGUAUACUCAAGAAAGGCCAUCCUCAUGGUUAACAUGUCCGGCACAGCCACUGUGCUGCAGCAGUUUGUCAGUGGGCUGAAAAGUCGAAAUGAAGACACCAGAGCAAAGUCUGCCAAAGACCUCCAGCAUUAUGUGACCACAGAACUCAGAGAGUUGAGCCAAGAUGAAGCCACUACGUUCUAUGACGAGUUGAACCACCACAUAUUUGAACUGGUAUCCAGUUCAGAUGUGAAUGAGAAGAAAGGAGGAAUUCUUGCUAUAGUGAGUCUGAUUGGAGUCGAGGGAGGCAAUGCCACCAGAAUCAGCCGUUUUGCGAACUACCUGCGCAACCUGCUGCCCUCCAGUGACCCGGUGGUCAUGGAGAUGGCCUCAAAAGCCAUGGGUCACCUGUCCAUGGCUGGAGACACCUUCACUGCUGAGUAUGUGGAGUUUGAAGUGAAAAGAGCCCUGGAGUGGCUGGGAGCAGACAGAAACGAAGGCAGACGCCAUGCAGCAGUGUUGGUCCUGAGGGAACUGGCUGUGAGCGCUCCAACCUUCUUCUUUCAGCAAGUGCAGCCCUUUUUUGAUAACAUCUUCUAUGCAGUCUGGGAUCCAAAGCAGGCCAUUCGAGAGGGAGCUGUGUCGGCCUUGAGAGCCAGUCUCAUCCUCACCACCCAGAGGGAGACCAAGGAAAUGCAAAAACCUCAGUGGUACAAACAAACCUUUGAAGAGGCAGAAAAAGGCUUUGAUGAGACUUUAGCAAAAGAGAAAGGUAUGAACCGAGACGACCGGGUCCAUGGUGCUUUACUGAUUCUCAAUGAGCUGGUUCGCAUCAGCAGUAUGGAGGGAGAGCGUAUGCGUGAGGAGAUGGAGGAGAUCACGCAGCAACAGUUGGUUCAUGACAAGUACUGCAAGGAACUGAUGGGGUUUGGAACCAAACCCAGACAUAUUACACCGUUCACUAGUUUCCAGUCUGUGCAGCCCCAGCAGUCGAAUGCCCUGCUGGGCUUGUUGGGCUACAGCACACCUCAGGGUUUCCUCAGCUUUGGAGCUUCACCAGUUCCUGCCAAGAACAACCUGGUGGAGAGCAGAUACUGUCGAGAGCUGAUGGAGGAUCGAUUUGAACAGGUCUGUCGAUGGGUGCUGAAGUACAAAACCAGUAAAAACCCCCUGAUCCAGAUGACCAUCCUCAGCCUCCUCCCGCGCCUGGCAGCUUUCCAGCCCCACACGUUUACAGACCAGUACCUCUCUGACACGAUGGGUCACCUGCUGGGCUGUCUGAAGAAGGAAAAAGAGAGAACCGCAGCUUUCCAGGCCCUGGGACUGCUGGUUGUUGCUGUCAGGACAGAAAUCCAACCGUACCUGACAAAGAUCCUUGAGAUCAUUAAAGCUGCUCUGCCACCCAAGGAUUUUGCACACAAGAGGCAGAAGACCAUGCAGGUGGAUGCCACUGUGUUCACUUGUGUCAGCAUGCUGUCCAGGGCCAUGGGUCCCAGCAUUCAGCCAGACAUUAAAGAACUGCUGGAGCCCAUGCUGGCUGUGGGCCUUAGUCCUGCGUUGACUGCAGUCCUGUACGACCUGAGCCGUCAAAUCCCCCAGCUGAAGAAGGACAUACAGGACGGACUCCUGAAGAUGCUGUCUUUAGUGUUGAUGCACAAGCCACUGCGUCACCCGGGCAUGCCCAAAGGUCUGGCUCACCAGCUGGCCUCGCCAAGCCUCACGAACAUCCCAGAGGCCAGUGACGUCGGCAGCAUCACACUGGCUCUGCGGACGUUGGGCAGCUUUGAAUUUGAAGGGCACUCUCUUACCCAGUUUGUGCGCCACUGUGCUGAUCACUUCCUGAACAGCGAACAUAAGGAAAUCCGCAUGGAAGCAGCUCGCACCUGCUCCCGCCUCCUCACCCCCUCCAUCCACCUGAUCACUGGCCACGUUGUGAGCCAGACGGCUGUGCAAGUGGUCGCUGAUGUGCUCAGCAAACUGCUGGUGGUUGGGAUCACUGACCCAGAUCCCGACAUCAGAUACUGUGUGUUGGCGUCCCUCGAUGAGCGCUUUGACACUCACCUCGCCCAGGCUGAAAAUUUGCAGGCGCUGUUUGUUGCACUGAACGAUGAAGUGUUUGAGAUUCGAGAGCUGGCCAUCUGCACCAUCGGACGACUCAGCAGCAUGAACCCUGCUUUUGUCAUGCCCUUUCUGCGCAAGAUGCUCAUCCAGAUUUUGACCGAGUUGGAACACAGCGGUGUUGGCAGAAACAAAGAACAAAGCGCUCGUAUGCUCGGUCACCUGGUCUCCAAUGCCCCCCGCCUCAUACGUCCAUAUAUGGAACCCAUUCUUAAGGCACUUAUCCUCAAACUGAAAGACCCAGAUCCCAACCCUGCAGUUGUCAUCAGUGUCCUUGCAACCAUUGGGGAGCUAGCUCAGGUGAGUGGUCUGGAGAUGCGGAAGUGGAUGGACGAACUUUUCCCAAUCAUCAUGGACAUGCUGCAAGACUCCUCCUCAUUGGCCAAGCGUCAGGUGGCGCUGUGGACCCUCGGUCAGCAGGUGGCGAGCACAGGCUAUGUGGUGGAGCCUUACCGCAAGUACCCUUCUCUUCUGGAGGUGCUGCUCAACUUCCUGAAGACAGAACAGAACCAGGGCAUCAGGAGAGAGGCCAUCCGUGUCCUGGGUCUCCUCGGAGCUCUGGACCCCUACAAACACAAGGUUAAUAUCGGCAUGAUUGACCAGUCACGAGAUGCCUCUGCCGUCAGCCUCUCGGAGUCAAAGUCAAGUCAGGACUCAGCCGACUACAGCACCAGUGAGAUGCUGGUGAACAUGGGUAACCUGCCCCUGGAUGAGUUUUACCCCGCAGUGGCCAUUGUCACUCUUAUGCGUAUUCUGAGAGACCCUUCACUCUCCAACCACCACACUAUGGUGGUGCAGGCUGUAACCUUCAUUUUCAAGUCUCUGGGCCUCAAGUGUGUUCAGUUCCUGCCCCAGGUUAUGCCCACUUUCCUCAAUGUCAUCCGAGUGUGUGAUGCCAGUAUUAGAGAGUUCCUUUUCCAGCAGAUGGGAAUGGUGGUGGGUUUCGUCAAGAUCCACAUCCGGCCCUACAUGGACGACAUCUUCACCCUCAUCAGAGAGUACUGGACACCCAACAACCCAAUGCAGAACACCAUCAUCCUUCUGAUCGAGCAGAUUGUGGUGGCACUGGGAGGAGAGUUCAAACUCUAUCUUCCACAGCUCAUCCCCCACAUGCUGCGGGUCUUCAUGCAUGACAACAGCACUGGACGCAGCGUUACGAUCAAGUUGCUGAAUGCCAUCCAGCUUUUUGGUGCCAACCUUGAUGACUACCUCCACUUGCUGCUGCCUCCAAUAGUCAAGCUGUUUGAUGCUCCUGAUGUUCCUCUGCAGGCUCGCAAGGUUGCCCUGGAGACUCUCGACCGUCUGACAGAGUCCCUUGACUUCACAGACUACGCUUCACGCAUUAUCCACCCAAUCGUGCGGACACUAGACAGCACGCCUGAACUGCGCUCCACCUCUAUGGACACCUUGUCCUCACUCGUGUUCCAGCUGGGCAAGAAGUACCAGAUCUUCAUACCCAUGGUAAACAAAGUGAUGCUGAAGCACAGGAUAAACCACCAGCGGUAUGACAUCCUCAUAUGUCGCAUUGUAAAGGGCUACACUCUGGCUGAGGAAGAGGAGGACCCUCUAAUCUUCCAGCAUCGUCAUCGUGGUAACCAGGGCGACCCACUGGUCAGUGGACCUGUGGAGGCUGGGCCAAUGAAGAAGCUUCACGUCAGCACCACAGCCCUCCAAAAGGCUUGGGGUGCUGCAAGGAAAGUGUCCAAAGAUGACUGGUUGGAGUGGCUGAGACGUCUGAGUGUUGUCCUGCUUAAGGAGUCCUCCUCACCAGCCCUGCGAUCCUGUUGGUCCCUAGCUCAAACCUACAUCCCUCUGGCAAGGGACCUUUUCAACGCUGCCUUCCUGUCUUGUUGGUCUGAACUGAGCGAGGACCAACAGGACGAGCUAAUCCGCAGCAUCGAGUUAGCGUUGACAUCCCAGGAUAUCGCUGAGGUCACACAGACUCUGCUUAACCUCGCGGAGUUCAUGGAACACAGUGACAAGGGCCCCCUGCCUCUCAGAGAUGAUAAUGGUAUUGUGCUGCUGGGUGAACGUGCAGCCAAGUGUCGUGCCUACGCCAAGGCUCUGCAUUACAAAGAGCUGGAGUUUCAGAAAGGCCCUUCUCCUCUCAUCCUGGAGUCUCUUAUCAGCAUCAACAACAAACUCCAGCAACCUGAAGCAGCAUCUGGUGUGCUAGAGUACGCCAUGAAACAUUUUGGGGAGUUGGAAAUCCAAGCCACGUGGUAUGAGAAGCUACAUGAGUGGGAGGAUGCCCUGGUGGCAUAUGACAAGAAAAUUGACAUGAACAAAGAGGAUCCAGAGCUCAUCCUUGGCAGGAUGCGCUGCUUGGAGGCACUGGGAGAAUGGGGCCAGUUGCACCAGCAGUGUUGUGAGGAGUGGACACUGGUAAGCGAAGAAACCCAGGCCAAGAUGGCCCGCAUGGCCGCCGCUGCAGCCUGGGGUCUGGGCCACUGGGACAGUAUGGAGGAGUACACGUGCAUGAUCCCAAGAGACACUCACGAUGGAGCUUUCUAUAGAGCAGUGCUGGCCCUGCAUCAGGAUCUUUACUCAUUGGCCCAACAGUGUAUUGACAAAGCAAGAGACCUACUGGAUGCCGAGCUGACUGCCAUGGCUGGAGAAAGCUACAGUCGAGCGUACGGGGCCAUGGUAUCUUGCCAGAUGCUGUCAGAGCUGGAGGAGGUAAUCCAGUACAAGCUGGUUCCAGAAAGGAGGGACAUCAUCAGGGAAACAUGGUGGGAGAGGCUUCAGGGUUGUCAACGUAUCGUGGAAGACUGGCAGAGGAUACUGAUGGUCCGCUCGCUGGUCAUCAACCCUCACGAGGACAUGAGGACUUGGCUGAAGUACGCCAGCCUCUGUGGGAAGAGUGGUCGCCUGGCUUUGGCCCACAAAACCCUGGUUCUUCUGCUUGGCGUCGAUCCCUCCAAACAGCUCGAUCACCCUCUGCCCACAGCGAGUCCACACGUCACUUAUGCAUAUAUGAAGUACAUGUGGAAGAGCGCCCGCACGAUUGAUGCCUUCCAGCACAUGCAGCACUUUGUUCAAGGGAUGCAGCAGCAGGCCCAGCACGCCAUUGCAGCCGAGGACCAACAGCACAAGCAGGAGGUCCAUAAACUGAUGGCCAGGUGUUUCCUGAAGCUGGGUGAGUGGCAGCUGAGUCUGCAGGGGAUCAACGAGAGCACCAUCCCUAAAGUUUUGCAGUACUACAACCAUUCUACCGAACACGACCGCAACUGGUACAAGGCCUGGCACGCGUGGGCAGUGAUGAACUUUGAGGCGGUGCUACACUACAAACACCAGAACCAAGUGCGUGAUGAAAAGAAGAAACUGAGACAUGCCAGCGGUGCCAGUGCUAACAGUGAAGCCAGCAACAGUGACAGUGAGGUCGAUAGCACAGACCAAAGUCCUGUGCCUUCACCGGGUCAGAAGAAGGUCAGUGAGGACCUGUCAAAGACGCUGCUGAUGUACACCGUCCCUGCUGUUCAAGGUUUCUUCCGCUCCAUUUCUCUGUCCAGAGGCAACAAUCUGCAGGACACACUCAGGGUUCUGACUCUUUGGUUCGACUAUGGUCAUUGGCCUGAUGUGAAUGAAGCCCUGGUGGAAGGAAUCAAGACCAUUCAAAUAGACACCUGGCUACAGGUCAUCCCUCAGCUGAUUGCUCGUAUCGACACUCCUCGGGCUCUGGUGGGACGUCUCAUCCACCAGCUGCUGACAGACAUCGGUCGCUAUCAUCCCCAGGCUUUGAUCUACCCACUGACUGUGGCUUCGAAGUCCACGACCACAGCACGUCACAAUGCUGCCAACAAGAUUCUGAAAAACAUGUGUGAACACUGUAACACUUUAGUCCAACAGGCCAUGAUGGUGAGUGAGGAACUUAUCCGAGUGGCCAUUCUGUGGCAUGAAAUGUGGCACGAGGGCCUUGAAGAAGCCUCACGUCUUUACUUUGGUGAGCGUAAUGUUAAAGGCAUGUUUGCUGUGCUGGAACCUCUACAUGCCAUGAUGGAGAGGGGGCCACAGACCCUUAAAGAGACCUCCUUCAACCAGGCUUAUGGCCGAGACUUGAUGGAGGCCCAGGACUGGUGCAGGAAGUACAUGCGGUCUGGAAAUGUUAAAGAUUUGACUCAGGCCUGGGACCUCUACUACCACGUGUUCAGACGCAUCUCCAAGCAGCUGCUACAGCUGACUUCCCUCGAGCUUCAAUAUGUGUCUCCAAAGCUGCUGAUGUGCCGCGACCUAGAGCUGGCUGUACCAGGCACAUAUGACCCCAACCAGCCCAUCAUCCGCAUCCAGUCCAUUGCUCCAUCCCUGCAGGUCAUCACCUCCAAACAGCGCCCACGCAAGCUCACUAUCAUGGGCAGCAACGGGCAUGAGUUUAUGUUCCUAUUAAAGGGACACGAGGACCUGAGGCAGGAUGAGAGGGUGAUGCAGCUCUUUGGUCUGGUCAACACACUGCUGGCGAACGAUCCUGCAUCUUUGCGGAAGAACCUCAGUAUCCAGAGAUACGCGGUCAUUCCCUUGUCCACUAACUCGGGCCUGAUUGGUUGGGUUCCUCACUGUGACACUCUGCACGCGCUCAUCAGAGACUACAGAGAGAAGAAGAAGAUUCUGCUCAACAUUGAACAUCGGAUCAUGCUAAGAAUGGCACCAGACUACGAUCAUCUGACCCUGAUGGAAAAGGUGGAAGUGUUUGAACAUGCGGUGAACAACACAGCUGGUGACGACCUGGCCAAGUUGUUGUGGCUCAAGAGCCCAAGCUCAGAGGUGUGGUUCGACAGAAGGACCAAUUAUACCCGCUCCCUGGCUGUGAUGUCAAUGGUCGGUUACAUCCUCGGUCUGGGUGACAGGCAUCCAUCCAACCUGAUGUUAGAUCGAUUGAGUGGAAAGAUUCUCCACAUAGACUUUGGUGAUUGUUUUGAGGUGGCCAUGACCAGAGAGAAGUUCCCCGAAAAGAUUCCAUUCCGACUGACAAGGAUGUUGACAAAUGCCAUGGAGGUGACAGGCCUGGACGGUAAUUACCGCAUCACCUGUCACACAGUGAUGGAGGUGCUGAGGGAGCACCGCGACAGUGUCAUGGCUGUGCUGGAGGCCUUCGUCUAUGACCCGCUGCUCAACUGGAGGCUCAUGGACACAAACACCAAAGGCAACAAGCGUUCUCGUACCAGGACGGACUCAUACACUGCUGGACAGUCAGUGGAGGCUCUGGAGGGAAUAGAUCUGGGAGAGAGCACACACAAGAAACCUGGGACCACAGUGCCUGAAUCCAUUCACUCCUUCAUUGGAGACGGUUUGGUACAACCUGAAGCACUCAACAAGAAAGCCAUUCAGAUCAUCAACAGAGUGAGAGACAAACUGACAGGUCGUGACUUUUCUCACGAUGAAACACUGGACGUGCCGACACAAGUGGAGCUGCUCAUCAAACAGGCGACGUCGCAUGAAAACCUCUGCCAGUGCUACAUUGGAUGGUGUCCAUUUUGGUGAAUGACGGCCUCCGGCAGAAGAACGGUCUCCAGAGGAACAAAGUAAAACUCCCGAGAAUGUCUUUCUUUUCUUUUUUCUGUCUGCUUUUGCAGAGUUGUCCGGUUUUCCUGUGACAUGCUGUAAGAUUUACAAAGUGCUUUAUGAGCUGUGGUUUUAUCUGAUGACUUUAUUAUUAUAUAGUCCUUACAUCAGAAACACAUUCAUCCCCGUAUAGAUCGUGACGACGUCCACGUUGCGAGUCUUUUGUUUUUUCUUUUAACUUCACAACAACUUUCACAACCUCCAAUGAUUUGUUUUGGCUGAAAUGAUAACGCUUUAUUCUUUUUAUUAAAAUUUUUAAAAGUUCCUCUAAAUAUAGCAGAAGUAUAAUUUAACUUGACAUUAUUACCGUCUUGGCACCUGUGCCAAAUAAUCCUGUAUAAGGUACCAAUGUGUCUGUGAUUGUUAACGCUCUAUCUUUUUACACCUACUGUGGAGGAAAACUGUUCUGGCAUCAGGCAGACUUUUUUAUUGUUAUAUUAUUAUGAAGCUGCUCCUCCUCUUGUUUUUUAUGUCACCUACAGAGGGCACUCUUGCUCCUGUGAGAGCCUGCUUGAAUGAGGACAGAAUUCAUUCAGCAGAACAUAAAAGAUAAGACCAGAAGAAAAUUCUGGACGUUCUCUUAUCUCUGCUGGUGACGCUGCUUGUACAAUCUGCAGUCAGUGUGUAUUUAUUUUCAUGUUAAAACCACAGAAAUAAUUCUUUUUUUCUGAUAUCUCUGACUAAUAAAAGGAGAAGUGACAAACCAGA